AUGGGUUCCUAUUCUAAUAACGAGAAAGAGAACCAUGCCAUGAAAACACCCAAUGACAUUGAUACCCUCUCUGCCAUGGUGCUUGGUUCCAAUGUGGUCUUUCCUGCAGCACUUAAUGCUGCAAUUGAACUCAAACUAUUUGAGAUCAUUGCCAAGGAAAGCUCACUAUAUAAUAGUGAUGGAUUCAUGUCAUCUUUUGAAAUUGCUUCAAAGCUACCAAACCAACACUCAGACUUGCCAAAUAGGCUUGACCGUGUGUUACGCUUGCUUGCUAGUUACUCUCUUCUUACUCUUUCCACUCGCACCAUUGAGGAUGUUACCACUCUCACAGUUUAUGGUAUCUCACCAUCUGGUAAAUAUUUUGUUAAUGAUGAAAAUGGUUAUGGAAAUAAUGGUGAUGGUUAUUUGGCUUCAUUCACAUUAUUUCUGUGUCACCGUGCUAUGUUAGGUGUAUGGCUGAAUUUUAAGGAAGCAGUUAUUAAUCCUGAGAUUGAUGUAUUCAAGAAAGUUAAUGGAAUGUCUAAGUUCGAGUACUUUGGGAAAGAACCAGAAAUGAAUAGUGUCUUCAACAAACCAAUGGCUGAUAUAUGCACAACCCAUAUGAAAAAAAUACUUGAAAUAUACACAGGGUAUGAGGGAUUAUCAACUUUGGUUGAUGUAGGAGGUGGAAUUGGACAAGGUCUCAAUAUGAUCAUCACCAAAUACCCUUCAAUUAAAGGGAUUAAUUAUGACCUCCCUCAAGUGAUUGAAAAUGCACCACCCUUUCCGGGGAUUGAGCAUAUUGGAGGAAAUAUGUUUGAAAGUGUUCCACAGGGUGAUGCCAUAAUGCUAAAGGCUAUAAUCCAUAAUUGGUCCGAUGAAAAAUGCUUGCAACUUUUAAGCAAUUGUCACAAGGCUUUGCCACCAAAUGGGAAGGUCAUUAUCGGGGAGCUCAUACUGCCAGAAGAUCCAGAACCUAAAAAUGAAUAUAAAAUGAUUUCAAUUCUUGAUAACAUCAUGUUUAUUACUCCUGGUGGAAGGGAAAGAACUGAGAAACAAUACAAGAGUUUGGGCAAGCGCUCUGGAUUUUCUAGGUUUCAAGUUGUUUGUCGUGCUUUCUCUGCUUUGGGAGUGAUGGAGUUUUACAAAUAA